AUGGCUCCUAAGGGCAAGAACAACAUCAACCCCGCAAAGAGAACGGCACAGGCAACGCGUGAGGGCAGGAGUAGCAGGCAUAAUGAAGAGGAUGUUAGUCGCCUUCCUGAUCCUGGCUCUGACUCUGUUUUUGAACCCGAUUCUGCAUCCGAGCCUGGUGAAGAGUCGAACCACGAGGCGCCUACCGACAUGGGGCCCCUCAGCUUUCGGACUAUCCCAUGCGUCCCGUGCCUGAAGCGCAUGGUCAAGGUGCCCUUGAAUGGGCGCCCUGAACCAUGCAUCUCGAGAGAUGGCAAAUACACAGCCUGUCAGUUUUGUGCUGUCAAAAGCCUCGGAUGCAAGAGCCCCGGAGACUAUGUGCAUGAGCCCCUUAAACAAUGGGAUAGCCGCAAGCGUAGUAGGUUUGUAAAGAAAUUUACGGAUUCGGCACUGGACGUGCAAAUUGCUGCACAGGCCAUUUUGAAGAACGAGGAAGUCGAAGAGGACUGGGAGGGGUUGACCGAGAAAGUCCGGGAAUUCAUCGAUGAGGUAGGGGUAGCAAAGGCAAAGCAAGAAGCUCACGAGGCGAAGAAAAAGUACGAGGCUCUUCGUGAGGAAGUCGACAAAAUCUGGUCGAAGCUGAAAGAGAUCGAUGAUUGGAUCAAAGAGAAGGCCAAGCUUUUUCUUGCGCAGGAUCUAGAUGAUGGAAUGUUUGUUCGGUUCAUGGCUUGUGCUAAGAUUCUUGAGGAGGAAGAUCGCGAGAAGUUCCAGAAGAUGUUGGAUCGUAUUCGAGGGAUGGAGGAAGCUGGUGACGGCGGCACUGAUGAUGGUACUGUGGAUGAGGAGGAAGAUGAGGAGCAGGAGUCUUUUUCGGGGGGACGAGAUGACGUCUCCAUGGCGUCGGAGUGA